GUGAACAAAAUUACAUUAACCGCUUCUCUUUAACAGACAAACCUUGCUUGCUUUCGCUGACCUAAAGCUGCAUUCGCAACUCCCGGUUUUCAAUCCAGUUUCUUCUCCAACCGGGCAAAUUUGCUCUUCUUCUUCUUCUAAUUUUUCUCGUUGCGAUGUUGAUGUUCAUAUUCCGUGCCUGCUUUCGCAAUCUACUUAUACUUUUUGGUCUAGAUAGAAUUCGAGAAACCUGGGUUUGAUUGUUUAUCUUGAAUCUGAUAUACCUGUAUCAGAUGACUGGUUGUUUGUGUGCUGAUGAAUUUUCCUCUUGAAAAGGGAAAUUCGAGUUACGAUUCUUGGUCAAUAGACGAAAAUAUUUGUUAUAGGCUUGUUAAUGCUCGGGGAAAUCUUUCUCCAGCCAUUAAAGUAAAUGCAAUGGCUUCUCUCCGUGUACUCUCCAGACCAAACACCCCCGCCGCAAUGGCAAUGGCCAAAAGACCCAAUUCUCUCUCUUCUGAAAUUUCCCAAAAUCCCAUCGAAACCCAAUUCAUAUCUCUCAUUCACUCCUCUAAGAACACCCUCCAACUCUACCAAAUCCACGCCAAGAUCCUCCGUCUCGGCCUCGUUUUCAACAGCCGUAUCACGACCCAGUUGAUUUCUGCGUCGUCCUUACUUAAGUCUGUGGAUUACGCGAUUUGCAUCUUUCGCCAAUUCGAACCCAAGAACACGUUUUCAUUUAAUGCUUUGAUUCGUGGGCUUACAGAGAAUUCCCGUUUCGAGAGCUCCAUUUCUCAUUUUGGGCUUAUGUUGAGGUUAAAUGUUAAACCUGACAGGCUUACGUAUCCGUUUAUACUCAAAUCGGCUGCAGCUUUGUGUUGGGGAAGGAUUGGUGGGGCUUGCCAUGGAGGGAUUUUGAAGUGUGGAAUUGAGUUUGAUUCAUUUGUUCGAGUUUCUUUGGUGGAUAUGUAUGUAAAAGUUGAAGAGUUAGGCUUGGCAUUUAAGUUGUUUGAUGAAAGUCCUGAGACAAGUAAGAGUGGUAAUAUAUUAUUGUGGAAUGUUUUGAUUAAUGGUUGUUGUAAAGUGGGAAAGAUGAAAAAGGCUAUGGAGCUUUUUGAGGCAAUGCCAGAGAGGAGUUUGGUUUCUUGGAAUAGUUUGAUCAAUGGACUUCUAAGAAAUGGGGACUCGAAUCAAGCUUGGAAGUUUUUUGAUCUGAUGCCAGAGAAAAAUGUGGUUUCUUGGACCACAAUGGUUAAUGGUUUGUUGCAGAAUGGUGACCUUGAACAGUCAUUGAAGAUGUUUUUCAGGAUGCUGGAAGAAGGUGUGAGGCCAAAUGAACUCACUAUAGUUUCUGCUCUUUCAGCUUGUGCCAGAAUUGGCGCCCUUAAAACUGGAGUUCAAAUUCACAACUAUAUAUCCAACAAUGCUAUUCGGUUGAAUGGGGCUAUUGGAACUGCUCUGGUGGACAUGUACGCAAAAUGUGGGAAUAUCGAGCAUGCGAGUAAGGUGUUUGGUGAGACAAAAGAUAAAGACAUUUUGACUUGGACUGCUAUGAUAUGGGGUUGGGCAAUCCAUGGAUGUUUUGAGCAAGCUAUUCAAUGCUUCAAACAUAUGAUGUAUGCAGGUAUCAAACCUGAUGGGAUUGCGUUCCUUGCCAUUCUAACAGCAUGCUCACAUUCUGGACAAGUAAAUCUUGGACUUAAUUUUUUUGACAGCAUGACGCUUGAUUAUUCCAUUGAGCCCACCAUGAAACAUUAUACAUUGAUGGUCGAUCUGUUAGGCCGAGCAGGCCAGUUAAAGGAAGCUCUCAGCUUCAUUGAAAGCAUGCCUGUAAAUCCUGAUUUUGUGGUAUGGGGAGCUCUCUUCUGUGCUUGUAGGGCCCAUAAAAAUAUUGAAAUGGCUGAAUUAGCCUCAAAGAAGCUUCUGGAACUGGAACCCAAACACCAUGGGAACUAUGUCUUCCUUUCAAAUGUUUAUGCUGCAGUCGGGAGAUGGGAAGAUGUGGAGAGGGUAAGAACUUUGAUGCAGAACAGAUCUUUCUCUAAAGAUCCUGGGUGGAGUUAUAUUGAGGUGGGGGGCCAUGUGCAUAGUUUCAUGGUUGGUGAUAGUACUCGUGAGAAUGCUGAUAAAUUGUACUUGAAAUUGGAGGAAGUGACGGCAGCAGUGAGGUUGCAAGGUUACCGGCCUGAAACUAAAUGGGUACUUCAUAAUAUUGAAGAAGAAGAGAAGGAAGGCGCACUGGGAAGUCACAGUGAGAAGUUGGCACUUGCUUUUGGGCUUCUUCAUACUUCUCCAGGGAUGACCAUAAGGAUCAUGAAAAACCUUCGAAUUUGUGGGGAUUGUCAUGCAUUUAUGAAAUAUGCUAGUAAGGUAAGUCAAAGGGAGAUUGUAGUCAGAGACAUAAAGCGGUUCCAUCAUUUUAGGGAAGGGACCUGCUCAUGCAGAGAGUUCUGGUAACAUGGUUUGAUUUAUUCUAUUGCACAAGGGCAGAGAUAGUAUAUCUGAGCUUCUUAUAUUUGAAAAUUUCCCCGCAUAUAUCAUGGCUUCAUGAUUUUAGACAUUGUAUCUCCCAACUAAAUAGUUCACAAUCAGUAGAUAUUCCUGCAGCUGGUGAAUCUGCAAAACCAUUUACCAAUACUUCCAGCCGCUCACUAGAAGGUAGAGUUUCAGGUAUUUAUUGAUGUCUUCUGGUCAAUAGGUGUAGACUUUUCUUUGCUUUCAUGUGUUUGAAAAAAUGUGACAUGUUUUCUUUCUUGCAGAUAUAUUGUUCUUCAUCUUAUUUUAACUUCCUUUUCCUUACACGUUUCUUUUGGGACAUAUAGCAGAAUAACCCUUUGCUUGGCCUUAUCCUUUGAGAUAGAAGUCCCAAGCAAUCAUAUCUCUUUGUCCACAGAGAGACUACAAAGAAAUGGAGGUAGGUAUGGGGAGUACAGCUGAUCAAACCCAAGCUUAAGCAUAGGAUUAACAUUCUUUACAGCUGCCUGGGCCUAGCGGAGACCCUCUUGCUCCUAGAAUGCAGGUGCCCAUGUGGAUUUUCUUGGCGCCCAUUCGUCAACAAGAAUUUUAUAUGGUUUGCACACUAAAGAAAUGCACAUCAUACAGGAAGCAUUUAGGAAGAAAAGAUGUGAGCAUUGCCAGGUUCUUGGUGGGAAUUUUUUUAUGGCGCGGAGGCAACUAGAUAAUCAUCAUGCUUCUCCAAAGAUGUGCCAAUAUCUGAGUGAAAGCAACUUAAAGAAGAAGAUUUUCUUCAAGUGCACACAAACUGUUAAAAGGAUUCAGACAAAGUGAUCUUCUAUGAACGAUUUCUCUAGUAACGUUAGGUAUAUUUCAGAUGUGAAGGAGUUUACCCUAUAUUAGGACUUAGGAAGUCUCCUGGUUUGGCACAAACUCUCAAUAAUCUGUGUGUGGACUGGACUGUAUGGCAGACUCUAACAAAGCAAUCGUGAUUGUUUUUUUUUUAGAGACAAAAA